CCUGCCGUGUGUAAAGUUGUGCGCACAAGAGCUCUCAUUGCGUUGAGUGGAAGUCCUUUAAAUUUCUGUUAAUUACUAUAUACAGAGAUAUUUCCUUAUUUUCCCGCACCACCGUAUUUUUGUAAAUCAAGGAUGAUUGUUACUACCAACGGUAACGCAGAAAUACAUGAAGAUAACGAAAUGCAGACAUUUUCGUCGUCUACACUGAUUCAGAUACUACGUAAAUGUAAUUCCUUCUUUAUCCAAGGUUUGGUUAGCGUGCAGGGGGAGUGUCGUCCAUUGAUUACCUGUGGCAGACAGGUCGGAAUCAUUAGACCAGAUGUCGCCUGCUGUCUUCUGGACUACCCGCAGGUCUUCACUGCCACACCUGAUGCUUUCAUUAUCAAUCCGCAGCUGAACUCGUACGCAUCGAGAUCCAGCGCCCUCGACUACGUGCUGCGCGACCUCCGGGCCAAGAACGUGCUGGCGGCCCUCCGCGGGUGGCGCGAGGAGUGCUUCAGCGUGUGGGCCGAUUUCGGGGCCGAACCGCUCUUCAAGAUCGAAAGGUCUGCGGCGACUGUAUUGGGCGUGAGGGCGUAUGGUGUCCACGUGACAGGUUACACAUAUCGAGAUGGCAAGAUGAUGAUAUGGUUGCAGAAAAGGUCAAUAGAUAAGCCUACAUACCCCGGCAUGAUGGACACUAUGGUCGGCGGUGGCCUUACAGCAGGACUGAAGCCUUCCGAUGUGUAUGUAAAGGAAGCCUACGAGGAGGCUGCCCUCCCUGAACACCUGCUCAAGAAUGGCCGUCAGGCGGGAACGGUCUCAUUUUUCACGGAGUCUGAGCGCGGCCUCCAUGCCAACACAGAGUUUGUGUACGAUAUUGAACUUCCUUCUGACUUCACCCCGUGCAAUAAUGAUGGAGAAGUAGAGGGCUUUGAAUGCAUUCCAGUUGAGGAACUUCUUGAACGGGCCACAUCCAGCAAAUACAAGUUGACAUCCGUGCCAGUGGCUGUGGAUUUCUUAGUUCGCCAUAGUUACAUCACCCCAGAAACUGAAAAGGAAUUCCCUACACUCAUGGAGCUCUUACACGUUCCACUAAAUCAGAUGUACCGAAGAUGGCCACACAGCAGGUUCCAGGCCUCCCCUACUUCACUUAUUACAGAUGUUUGAGUGUGGAAUUUGUGGAUAGAUGUUUGAAGGAAAAAAGGACUAAUUCAUGUUGGUAAUUUCUGUGUUGAUUUUCUUUGGAUUUUUAUAUUUUUAUUCUUAAUUCUUUAGUUAGAAAGGUGAAAUCAAAAUAAGUUCAGACCAAAAGCAGUAGCUGUAAGUUUUAUUACAGUGUUAGUUCAUCUUUUGGUUGUAGAUUUUUCCAAAACUAUUUUUUUUUUUAAAUCAGCUCAUUUUUUCUUACAACUUUAUAAACUAGUUUUAAGAUAUUUUUUUAAAAUAUGACAAUGAAAUAUAGUUCAGUAAAUAUAGUUUGUAAUGUGUAAAAAAAAAAUAUAUAUAAAAGGAAUAUUUUAGUAGAAAUUGCCAAGUACU